UCUUAUAGUUCCUUCAGAAUGGGCAGUCUUCCUUCAGAUGCAUCUGGACAACAGCAGCAUCGGGUCAUGGAGAAGUGUCCCUAGAUUCACCAAGUACGGAGGACAUCCUUUCAACUGCAGACCUUUAUUUAGCAACGCAAAUGUAUGCGGGGGUAUCAACUCAAGUUUGGGUGGCGAAUUAUCGCUUAUCCAGCUGCUGUCCGCGGGAUUUCCAACCUUAAGCGCAUCGACUCAGACCCUGAGCUCUGCAAGUACCCGCAGGGUGCUGCGAGAGCACCGGGGAGAAGAUGAAUAUCCAGGUUGUGCCAGAACACAAGCUCUCAUCGGUGGCCCCGCUGAAGCAGUGCAAUGUGGAGAAAAGGGAGGUAGAACUGAUACUGGUGAAGGACCAGAAUGGCGUCCAGUACACCAGUUCCUCCAUCAUCCCCUCCCCUGGCCACCUCGCAGGUCCCCCCGGAGCCACCGAGGAGGAACGAGAAACUUGGGGCAAGAAAAUGGACUUUCUCCUGUCGGUUAUUGGCUUCGCGGUGGACCUGGCCAAUGUUUGGAGAUUUCCCUAUUUGUGCUACAAGAAUGGAGGAGGUGCCUUUUUGAUCCCGUACGUUCUUUUCCUGGUCAUUGCGGGGAUGCCAUUGUUCUACAUGGAGCUUGCCUUGGGCCAGUACAACAGGGAAGGGGCAGCUACAGUUUGGAAGAUUUGCCCUGCCUUUAAAGGUGUGGGCUACACUGUGAUCAUCAUAGCCCUGUAUGUUGGCUUCUACUACAAUGUCAUCAUCGCCUGGUCCCUCUACUACCUGUACUCCUCCAUGACCAGGGAUCUGCCGUGGCUGUUAUGUGGAAACAUCUGGAACAGCCUGAACUGCACGGACCCCAAAGCCGUCAACGGGUCCCUCCUUGGCAACGGGUCCUACGCCAAGUACAAGAUGACCCCGGCAGCAGAGUUUUAUGAACGGGGUGUGCUGCAUCUCCAUGAGAGUAGGGGUAUCCAGGACCUUGGCCUGCCCCGCUGGGAGCUGACUCUGUGUCUGGUGGUGGUGCUCUUCAUCCUCUACUUCAGCCUGUGGAAAGGUGUCAAAUCCUCAGGGAAGGUGGUGUACAUCACAGCUACCAUGCCCUACAUUGUCCUUGUUGUCUUGCUGAUCCGAGGCAUAACUCUACCUGGAGCCAAGGAUGGCAUCAAGGCCUACCUCAGCAUAGACUUGAAGCGGCUCAACAAUCUGGAGGUGUGGAUUGAUGCUGCCACCCAGAUAUUCUACUCACUGGGAGCAGGCUUUGGGGUGCUCAUUGCUUUUGCCAGUUAUAACAAAUUUGACAACAACUGCUACAGGGACGCUCUCCUGACCAGCACUGUGAACUGCGUCACUAGUUUCUUAUCAGGGUUUGCCAUCUUCUCUGUGCUCGGAUACAUGGCUUAUAAACAUGGAGUGAACAUAGAAGAUGUGGCAACAGAGGGGGCAGGACUGGUGUUUAUCAUCUACCCCGAGGCGAUCUCUACUCUGCCUGGCUCGACGUUUUGGGCUAUUGUGUUCUUCAUAAUGCUGCUGACUCUGGGCAUUGACAGCUCGAUGGGCGGCAUGGAGGCGGUGAUCACAGGCCUGUCGGACGACUUUAAGUUCCUCAAGAGGAACAGAAAGGUCUUCACCUUCGCCACGGCCUUUGGAACGUUCCUGGUUGCUCUCCUCUGCAUCACCAAUGGUGGGAUCUACGUGCUGACCCUGUUAGAUAAGUAUGCAGCGGGGACCUCUAUACUGUUUGCUGUUCUGAUCGAGGCCAUUGGAGUGUCAUGGUUUUACGGUGUGGACCGCUUCAGUGAAGAUAUUGAGCGGAUGAUGGGCUUCAAGCCAGGUCUUUACUGGAGGCUGUGCUGGAAGUUUGUCAGCCCAGCUUUUCUGCUGUUUGUUGUAAUAGCCAGUGCAGUGACCUCGUCAGGCCUGAAGUAUGACGACUACGUCUUCCCUUACUGGUCUAACGUAGUUGGCUGGGGUGUGGCCAUGUCCUCCAUGAUGUUUGUCCCCUGUUAUGCCAUUUAUAAAUUCCUCAGCGUAUCUGGAACAUUCAAACAGAGAAUAGCUUAUUGCAUCACUCCAGAGCAUGAACACCAUUUGGUCGCUGAGGGAAAUAUACGGCAGUUCACACUCAAGCAUUGGUUGGCCAUCUGAUGACAAAUACCCAGAAUUCCCUCAUCCAUCCUCACAUUUGGUGUUUGGAGUUCCUGUGUGCCACCAGUGGUCGGACAGACAAGAAAAGCACCAGGCUCCAUCCUCUCUCAGCAGCCUGCCUCUUCUCCCUACACCACCCAAGGAAUUAGUUGUAAACAGUAGCUUCACGCCCUUUGUUUUCAGAGUUAGGCUUUUUACCAUUCAACCCCUUCAGAGUAUAAGAGAAGGGCACCCCAGGGGGACAAUGUACUGUUAUAGGCCUAUCGUUUUAAUAUUCUUUUAAUGAAUCAUAACUGGACAUAUAUGUGAUGUGAGUAUCAUCUCCUGGAAGGGACAGAAAGUCAAAUUUAAAACCAAAACCAUCACAAUAUCCUGUGAAUUAUAAUACAGGUAACCCAAAUGUUGUUUUCUUUCAUUAUUUAUGAUUACUUUUAGUUUGAAGAGAGUCUCUGUUCUUGCCAUUCUCCUGGCAGAGUGGCUUAUCUGUGUCAGUGCCUUAUCAAGCGAGACACUCCAUGUUUCUUUCAGUCCAUACAGGAAAAAAGUCAAGUUGUGUAGUUUUUGAAUGGCUCUAUUGAUUUGACCCAGUCCUUUGAUAUCUACUGAAGAGCUGGGUGUCAACAGUGCAUGAAGUUGAAGCUCCUUAGCAUAGAUUUUUUAUUGUCAGUUAUUUGAAAGGCUAAACACACAUAACCAGUUAAUCUCAAAGAAGUGACUAAGGCUGAACUGGGUAGCCUGGCUGCUAACUGAAGGGGAAGAAAAUCAGCAAAACAAAUGGCGUAACUGUUACAAUUUUUUUUAUUGUUGUGUGACUUUUACUUUUUUAAAUGUUUUAAAUGUUCAGCGCUUCUGAAGAGUAUUUGUGGCUUUUGCUCCGAAGAAACACAGCGAGAAAGAGUGAGAGAAAGAUACUGUGUGUUUGUUGGGAUUUUGUUUCCGACCAUACAGUAUACUUUUAGUGAACAGUACACAAAGGAAUAACAAUUCCUCUUUGAAUGCACUGUAUAUUAGAUCAAGUGCAUUAUAACAUCUCUUAUUCAUUUGAAACGUAUUUUCUGAUAUUACACUUUUUCACCACCAAAAAAGUGCCAUUAUGUUCCUUUCAGAAUGUUUUUUUAUUUAUUGGAAUGAAGUUGAAUUCGAGCCAUGAAUCAUAAGAGACCCUGACUGAAAGGAAUAAAGCCACAAAGAAAAAAAAAUCAAAUAUAUGUGGAAUAUAUAAGAAGAUAUACAAAAUAUAUUCUUUUGUUAUGUAUAAUCUUAUAUUUAUCAAAUUGUUUAUAACAAAACGUGAAUGUAAAGUAUUUUAAGCGUAUCUGUCCACAGUCAUAACAUGGUGUUUGAUGUAUAGCUAAAGAUGAACUAUUUAGAAGAAAUAUUCUUCAGCGUAACCCCGGGCUACUUUGUCACUGAAUGUGGUUGAAUACACACUGGCUUUCCUGGACUAUGUUUACAGAAAUACUGUGUACAAUACCAAUGUCCUGUUGAACGUGAGUGACAACUAUCUAUAAAGAAGUCUGAAGUAUUCACACUAUGAUAAUAAAUAAUUCCUUGUACACACA